AUGCCGAUGGCUACAUCCUUGACGGCUCUUGCCGUCAGGGAUAUAAACAACGCCGACGGCAAGCUCCCUUCAGGGAUAUUGCCAUCAGCAAUACUACAAAUUCUACUAGUUCCUCCAGCUAAACUAGAGCAUCUUCUGCACUCAUUAUCAGACGUGACUGAUGCUACAGUAGUCCCGUAUCCGCAAGAAGACGUGGGGCAAAUACCUGUAGCAUUUGUGGUGAGACAACCGGGAAGCAAUCUCAGCCAAAGUCAAGUCAUGGAUUAUGUGGCGAAACAGGUUGCUCCUUAUAAGAAGAUACGCAAGGUUGUAUUUGUUAACUCGGUACCGAAAUCAGCAACUGGAAAGGCCUUAAGAAGGGAGUUGGCUAAUCUUGCUCUUGGUGAUCCCCCUGUUGAAAAUUGUGAUUUCUGCUUAGCCUUCAUGAGAUCAUAG